GUUAAGACUUCCGGUGUUGCCUAGGUAACAUUAGCAUUAGCAUUAGCAUGUGAGCCUCUCCGGAUUCUUCGGCCGCUCUCCUCCUGUUCUCCCGGACUUCCACCGGGUCUCCUCCGGGACUCACUCAGAAGAUGAGCGGCAGCACCCCCGAGGUCGUGACCUUUACCAUCAAGCCUGCGGUCCACCUGCAGAUCGGAGACACCAAAGCAGACGCAGCUCGCUCUGGGAUCUGUGUGGUGGACGUGUCGCUGCCGUUUGGAAAGCCUGUCAGUAUUGAGGAAAUCUCCUUUAAGAACUACUACACAGCCUCUGUGAGUGUGCGCCUGUUGAGGAGGGGCCCCGGGCAGGAGGCCCCAGCCAAGUGGUGCACGGCUCUGAGAGACUUGUCCCUGAUGAGCAACCCCCACACCGAGGGGGGGUCCCAGGACUUCUACUCCAUCCAUAGGACUCAGAUGAGGGAGGAGCCUGAUCAUGUGGUGUCCGUGCGGCUGAUCCUGAGACAGCCGUCCUCCGCCUGGUUGACCUUCAGCCUGGAAGACAUCACAAUCCUCCCCCACACGGAGCCGGAUCCAGAGAAGGAGGUUUCUGAUUGGCUGUCCGACCUGACGCUGGGCGACCAGCACCCCGACCUGGAGGGCCUCCCCGACCCUCAGAGCGUCUCGUCCAGCAUCCAGCAGAUGUGGGCGUUGACUGAGGUGAUGCAGACCAAUCAGACGACGGCGUGCAUCGGACGAUUCGAUGUGGACGGAUGCUACGACAUCAACCUGCUGUCUCUGACGUAGCGUCGCCUGCACAGGAAGUUGACUUCAUGGAAACAACAGUAACAGAAGGAAUCAUGUUGAAGACGUAUAAAAACAACUGUAACGUAAACAAGUUUCAUGUCGUAACACUUCAGAAAUCUGCUUUGUUCUAUAAAGUUCAAAUAAACACUUACUACACAAA